CACACACACACACACACAGUGAUUUCAAUGCCGCGUGUCCGCGGUUCGUCGGUGAGGUUUAGUUUUCUGUAUAAAAAACUUUAUGUCCAUAAUAAUUUAUGUAAGCUCGCUACGACGCCAGUAAAACAUACAAAAAGCCGCCAGCAGCCAUGAUGACAACGACGAUGAAUUUCUUCUGUAGUUUUUAUUGGCAGUUGGCCGUCAAGCUGAGUAAUGCGCGAUGCGUUACUGUCCGCAUCCACGGUAAUAAUAGAGAUUUUGUUUACAUUUUUUGCCGCUCCAGUCAGAAAGACUGAGAGAAAAUUAAAACAAGUUAAAUUUAUUUUUUAAAAACCUAAAAUAUUCGGGACUUUUAACAAAACUUUCGAGGCUUAAAGCCCAAUUAGCCACCCCCUCGCUCCGCCCCUAUAGUUUGUAGGCCCCUUUAGAGUUCUUUUGACGUAAAUCCCGCCUGACUGAUUCUUUAACCGGCGAUCUGUGAUGGAGUUAUUCUGUCACGAACACUUCAAACUGGACUCGAGUUCUCAGAUAAAGUCCAGACCGGUUCGGGCGUUCAGAGACGCGGUUCUGAUCCAAGAUAAGCGGGUCUGUCAGAACCUGUUGAGCUCGGAGAGACCGAACAUCGUUAAACCCGGCACCGAACCGACCGACGUGCAGCCCUACAUGCGGAGAAUCCUGACCGGGUGGAUGCUUCAGGUGUGUGAGGAUCAGAAGUGUGAGGAGGAGGUGUUUCCCCUGGCCGUUCACUACCUGGACAGGUACAUGUCCCAGAAUGCCCUGCGUAAAUGCCACCUGCAGCUUCUGGGAACCGUCUGCAUGUUCCUGGCCUCCAAACUCCGGGAAUCGGUUCCUCUGAGCGCCGACAAGCUGUGCGUGUACACGGACCACGCCGUCACCGUCCCCGAGAUCCUGCAGUGGGAGGUGCUGCUGGUGUCGCGGCUCCGCUGGGAUCUGGCCUCAGUGCUGCCCUCUGACUUCCUGGAGCCGUUACUGCAGGUGCUGCCGCUCGAAGUGCAGAACCACCCGGCCCUGAGGAGACACACACACUCCUACAUCGCCCUGAGCGCCACAGAGCUGAAGUUCUCGGUCUUCGCUCCGUCACUGGUGGCCUGUUCGUGUCUGACGGCGGCUGUUUUUCGACUGAAUCUCCUGAAAGACUCGCUCAGCGCCGACGACCUCCUGCAACUCCUCAGGAACGUCCUGGACCUCGACAUGGCUUCUCUGCGUCAGUGCUUCUCGUCUCUGGAGGAAACCAUUGGGCGGACGCUGCCGUCUACACCUGCGGACCGGGACGUCCCACCCGCGGACCAGCUCUAGCCAUCCCAGGGUUCCCAGUUCCACUGCACUGCUUGACCACGGCCACGUUCGUAUUUUAUCUAGCGGAUGCUCUUUUGUCAAACACACACGCUGCUGAUUUUAGUCAAUGAUUAAUUCUACACUUGACAUGUAACUUUUCUCCAUUUUAAACUUGAAAUUUGUGAAAAUAAAAUAUGAGGCUGGUG